AUGCAGUCAGAAGAUACACAUUUCUCACUAAAGGAGGAGCUCUCUCCUGAGGCUGAACGUAUUUCCAGGGUUUUGGAAAACUGCAUCGGUCAAGUAAAAAUUGCUCUGUGUCUGCCCGCCAUCCUCCAGUUUUACAGCAAGUCUGAUGUUGUGGACCAGGACUUGAACAGGAUUCUUCAAGCACACCAGUUUUUAGAAGAAAAGUUGGAGAAGCUGGAAGGCCACAAAAAGAAACAAACAACAGAAGAGGAUAGAAAAACAAUUCAGCUCAAAAUAGACAUAAAGAGCUCAGUCAGAGAUGUGCUCAGGUACUUCAGAAACCAUCCGCAUGUGCUUUCAGACCUUAGAGCAGAACUUCCCCUGGAAGUAGGGGAGAAGGAGUUAAUCAGAACACUUGAGCUUUUUCACAGCCAUAUGGUAGAAAGUUUGCUUUCUGCUCAUAAUGAAAAUCCACAUGAAAUACUCCAAAACCAAACAUUUUCAUCCUCUGAAAGUCUGGACCUCAUGAUGUCACAGAACCAAGAAGUUCAUGAAAUCACAAAGCAACUAGAGGAAGACCUGGAGCAACUGGAGGAAGAGAUUUUAAGAAAAAGCAACGAGAUUGAAAGUUUUAAGAAAGAUUUAAAAAAGGAAACGUCUCUACUCCAAGAAAAGGAAACGUCUCCACUCCAAGAAAAGCAAGAUGAGCUCAAUGAGUUGUCAUCAAGCUCAAAGCUGGCCACUUUAAACACAGAAAUAAAUCAGCUGAAAUCUCACCUAAACAAUUUGAUGCUUGAAAACCAUCAGAAACAGAGGAUUCUCCAAGAAAAAAAUGAAAACUUGGAGAUCAAGACUCAAACCUUGCUUCAAACGUUUGACAAGAACAUGGAAAAACUCCAGGCUCAGCUGGAGGCUCUUGAAAAGGAAAGUAUUCAGGAGGAGAUGACGAAGCUGCAGGGACCAUUUUCUGCCCUGGAGGUGCAGUACAACCAGAUCCAGGAGAAGCGGCAGCUGGCAGAAGAAAAGAGGAAAGAGGAGAUCAGGGCGUUGGAGUUAAAGAGCAAAGCUGUCGUUACCAUUCAGGCCUGGUGGAGAGGCUACAGCGUCCGCAAGGCCUUAAAGAAUAAGGGCAAAAGCAAGAGCAAGAAGGGCAAAAAGAUAAAGAAGGGCACCACAAAAAUGGGGAAAUUAGCUGAAACACAUAAAAUUAGCAACAAC